UAGGACCACCGUGCAUCUCAAACACUAUUCAGCAUUUUCUCUCGAAGCCUGAAGCAAAACAAACAAACGCCAACAUGGUUGAGUGGACUGAACAGGAACGCACCAUCAUCAACAGCAUCAUGACCGGCCUGGACUACGAGGACGUAGGCGCCAAGGCUCUGUGCAGGUGUCUGAUCGUUUACCCCUGGACCCAGAGGUACUUUGGCGCCUUCGGUAACCUCUACAAUGCUGAAGCCAUUAAGACCAACCCCCAAAUCGCAGCUCAUGGCGUCAAGAUCCUGCACGGCCUGGACCGGGCCUACAAGAACAUGGACAACAUCAAGGAAACCUACGCCGAGCUGAGCGUGCUGCACUCCGAGAAGCUGCAUGUGGAUCCCGACAACUUCAGGUUGCUGGCUGACUGCUUGACCAUCGUCAUUGCCGCCAAGAUGGGAAACGCUUUCAAGCCAGAAAUUCAGGCCGCCUGGCAGAAGUUCUUGUCCGUGGUGGUGUCCGCUCUGGGAAGGCAGUACCACUAAACUGCAACUUGCAAUUGGGAUUGAACAUGUGUCAUCAUGUUUGUCUUCUCCAGAGAGAAAUAAAGACCCAUUGAAGCAAA